GUACAUUACUGGCUAACAGCGUCCAAGUCCGCGAUUCACCUGCUGUCCGGGAGGAUAAAGGGCCAUAGUGCGUGUGCAGGUGCACAAGAGCCAAGCUCUACGGGCGCCUGAUCGGGAAGCUGGUCUGCAGGACUCCUGCCGACGCUGGAGGUAACGAUGGUCGAAACGAGCGUGGCAGAGUCAUCGUAUCCCACUUCGUGGUCAACGGUCGUGUCCGCAUUCCUUCGAAGAUAUCCAAAUCCUUAUGCGACGCAUGUGAUCAGCGUUGACACCAUUGAUCGGCAGCUUGUCCCCGCAUCAUAUCCAAGAAGGCAAUGGCCCCUGCUUUCGAAAGAGGGUAGCCUUGUCGAAAAAGCAUCAUACGAAGCAACUGCUGCGAAAGCUCGAAGCGUGUCCCAGGACAUGCUCCGAGAGCCUCAGCAUCGAUGGUUCGGCUCCUCAUCCUCAUCACCUAUCCGAUCAACAAGAAGACAGGGAUCACCACACGACCCAUCGAUUGAGGACGAGCUCUUCGAACCUUUGGUCCUGCGCACCACACGUCUCAUCCUUAAGCGCGGCACUCUGCCCAAAUGGGCGCCAUCAGGGAUCAUCAAGAACGCCGAAAGCUGGGUGCUGGAAGAGACUGAGGUGGAAGUCGAUCUGGACCUUCCGGCCGCCGUUGAAGAUCUCUCCUCGAGCGCAACGAGAUCAGUGCCUAACAGACAAGACAUGAGACAAAAAGGGCGAGAGAUGCGUGUAUGGACGCGGAACUUGGACCAUACGAACGUGCUGGCCGUGACAGAGGGAGUAACACUUCGGGAGGAAUUGGAGGAACUACCUUUUGUCGCAGUGGCGCACACGUCCCCCUCCCCGGAACUACGGACAAAGUACAACUUUUUCGGCAGCUCAUCUUCCCCUGCAUCGGCGAUGGAACAAAGCAGCGCAUCUUUAGUCGCGUCCCGCUCUCUCCCGCUCACGCAUUGCCUAACAACUGGUCACGUAUCCUCCUCAGUGGGAUUUUCCCUCUUGCAGCGGCGGAUCGAGAAAUUCGGCGUGAAGCGCUUCAAAGCGCAUUCAGAUACGUCGCGCGCAGGACUGUUGUGGGUUGUCGACGCCGCGGCUCGCAUACGCGCCGGCGACCUCUCUGCCCUGGAAAUACUCAGGGCCAGUCUGGCCGCUGCUCAUGUGGACGGUGACGGAGCGCACUCUGACGCAAGGAGUAUGGGUGCGGAAGAUGGCACUGGAGUCGGAGAUGCGAGUACCGGUUGGGCAAUAGGAAGAGGGUGGAGGGAGUCUGCGGACGGCCAAGGUGAUAGAACGCGACCGCGUCUCAGAGCAGCCUUCCGGCCUCCGUUCCUCGACGGAUACCCUGCAACUCCGCUGCAGCGCCUGCGAAACUGGUGGAAGGGAGAACCAGGGCGCGUACAACAAGCCAAAGAAGCCGAGGAACGGAUACGGUGGGCGUACAAAGCUCGCGAGUUAUUCGAGGUCAACCUGCCACCUUUGCCUUCGUCCGAGGAGGGUGUUCGCAAUGUUCCGAAGCGCGAAGCAGAGCACGGCGGUGGGGACGCAGCGUCCAGGCAGACAUAGGCAGCGGCCGGUUGUGCCGCGUGCCCGAUGGCAACGUUCGAAGUGUAUAGGUUCGCUUGCUGCGCUGCUCCGUCCCGUCCGUUUGUUGCUCAAGUGUAUGUCCAAACUCGCUUGAAGGCACCACUUACCCACACAUCAGCUUCUCAAAAGCUACAGCCUGUGCAAAUCAGCUUCGUUCGAUGUUGCGAUGGUUCCGCAACUCCGAGCACGCAAAGAUCACAGAGACGACGUCUAGGCUGAAUCGCUGAAGAUAGAAUACAAAUAGGAUACUCGUACAACCAUCUAAAAUUUUGGCUGCCACAACCUCUCAAAUUUUCGCGCCGUUGCCAUGAACAGGCGUGUCGGACCUGGCAGCAGUGGCGGAAAAGAGCGGCCUGAGCUCCUGCGUGUACCACUCGACAACAUGCUUGCCGUGCGCCGCUUUGGGGUUCCAGUUGUACUGCCC